GCGGCGCAUCGCUGCCCAAGCCCAGCCCAGACUUCGGUUUCGCCGCCCUCCGUCCCCUUCCCGUGAAGCGGAGGUUCCAAGCAGUGCCCUUCGGUGCUGGCGACGCUCCCCGGGGUUCGUUCUGUCGCGGAGAAGAAUGGUAACAUGAGCGGCGGAGCAGGAGCGCCACCGGGGAAGGGGAGCGGCUGACGGGCAGCGCGCUCGCUUCGCGGAGGAUCACGUUCCCGAGGACGCGCGGGGAAGGGACGGCGCGGGGCCUCCGCUCCCUGGCUGCGCUCCGCUGACACCGGCAGCCGCCUCUGCUCGCGUCUCCAGGGUCGCCGAGCCGCCGCCUGCAGGGAGCCUGGAGGCGGCGCGGAGGAUCCGGGGCUCGUGGACCUCCCUCCGAACAGGAGUUCUGCCCAGGGUCCGUGUCCCUGGGUCCCCGUGGAGCCCGACGGCACGCGGGCGCCGGGGCGUGUUGAACUUGAGUUCAGAUGGCCAACUCCCUCUGAAUCCUGCAGAUUGGUGCUGAGCACGCAACAAAAGUUUGUAGCUUCUCAGUUUCUGGUGCUUCGCAGGGGAGAGGAAAGGACUUUGGCAUUAAACACAAGAAGCAGUCAGGGAACCAUCUCCUUUAACUUUUUUUCUCUGUUACCAUUUGCAAUGAAGAGGAAACAGAAGAGAUUUCUACAGAUGACUUUGUUAUUCAUGGUGGCUUUAAUUUUCCUGCCUAAUAUUGGUCUCUGGUCCCUGUACAAGGAUAAGCACCUGGUGAAGUCUACAGAGCCAGGGGAGCAGCAGACAUUUCCACUGGGCCUGGGAGAUGGGCAAUUCUAUGCAUGGACAGAUGGUUUGAGAAGAAAGGACUGGCAUGACUAUGAAAGCAUUCAGAAAGAGGCUAUGCGCUCAGGGAAGGGCGAGCACGGGAAACCCUACCCGCUGGCUGGGGAGGACCACGACGACUCAGCUUACAGGGAAAACGGUUUCAAUAUUUUCGUCAGCAACAACAUUGCUCUAGAGCGCUCCCUGCCGGACAUUCGCCACGCGAACUGUAAGCACAAGAUGUACCUGGAAAGGCUGCCAAACACCAGCAUCAUUAUCCCAUUUCAUAAUGAAGGCUGGACUUCACUCCUGCGAACCAUACACAGCAUAAUUAACCGAACCCCGGAGAGUCUGAUAGCAGAAAUCAUCCUGGUAGAUGACUUCAGUGACAGAGAUCACCUGAAGGAUAAGUUAGAAGAAUACAUGGCCCGAUUUUCCAAGGUGAGGAUCGUUCGCACCAAGAAAAGGGAAGGGCUCAUCCGGACCCGGCUCCUGGGGGCGUCGAUGGCCAGAGGCGAGGUCCUGACGUUCCUGGACUCCCACUGCGAGGUCAACGUGAACUGGCUGCCGCCGCUCCUCGACCAAAUUGCACUAAACCACAAAACCAUCGUGUGUCCCAUGAUCGAUGUCAUUGACCACAAUCACUUUGGGUAUGAGGCCCAAGCUGGGGAUGCCAUGCGAGGAGCCUUCGACUGGGAAAUGUACUACAAAAGAAUCCCCAUCCCUCCAGAGCUGCAGAGGGCAGAUCCCAGCGACCCUUUUGAGUCUCCUGUUAUGGCUGGAGGUCUCUUUGCUGUGGAUCGAAAAUGGUUUUGGGAAUUGGGUGGCUAUGAUCCAGGUUUAGAAAUCUGGGGAGGAGAACAGUAUGAAAUCUCUUUUAAGGUUUGGAUGUGUGGAGGAGAAAUGUUUGACGUUCCGUGUUCGAGAGUUGGUCAUAUCUACAGAAAGUAUGUCCCGUACAAAGUUCCAUCCGGGACCAGCCUGGCAAGAAACCUGAAGCGGGUGGCCGAGACCUGGAUGGACGAAUUCGCCGAGUACAUCUACCAGCGCCGGCCGGAGUACAGGCACCUCUCCACCGGGGACAUCUCCGCCCAGAAGGAGCUGCGCAAACAGCUCAAGUGCAAGGACUUCAAGUGGUUCAUGGCUGCGGUGGCCUGGGACGUGCCCAAGUACUACCCUCCCGUGGAGCCCCCGCCUGCGGCCUGGGGGGAGAUUCGAAACGUGGCAGCAAAUCUCUGUGUGGACAGCAAGCACGGCGCCACGGGAACGGAGCUGAGGCUGGACAUCUGCGUCAAGGAUGGUUCCGAAAGGACGUGGUCUCACGAACAGCUCUUUACCUUCGGGUGGAGAGAAGAUAUCCGACCUGGUGAGCCACUGCACACGCGGAAGUUCUGCUUCGAUGCGAUCUCGCACAGCAGCCCGGUCACCCUCUACGACUGUCACGGCAUGAAGGGGAACCAGCUCUGGGGAUACCGGAAGGACAGAACAUUAUUUCAUCCCGUGAGCAACAGCUGCAUGGAUUGCAACCCCGCAGAGAAGAAGAUUUUCAUGGCCAGAUGUGACCCUCUAUCUGAGACUCAGCAGUGGGUUUUUGAACACAUUAAUAUGACUGUUUUAGAAAAAUUUAAUCACCAUGCCAGCUCCUAGAAAGAAAGAAGGAAGAAAGAAAGAGUGAUUACCUACAGAUUCUAAACUAAAUUUUAGCCAGUAUCUGGGUCGAAGGAGUCAGGAAUAACAUUUCCUAGAUCCAGGAAGGCUGGUUUAAAGAAUUGUAAAUGCCGUGUCAAAGUAGGUUGUCUUGAAGAACUUCCUGCAUCUGAAGAACUUGGCUGAGAACCUCACCAGCUGCUUCUGAGAACUCGAGACUAGCAGUUCCCUUGCUGGCCAAGGGCAAAGAUUAUUUAGGGACUUUUCAAAACAACUGCUGAGUUAAUAAAUCCUAGCAUUUCUCAGGUCAAAUCCUGCAGUAGUGAGUAGCUAUGAAUGGAUCCUACUAAUCGGGUGGGGAGGGGGGUGGAGACAGAGCGCAUGACUGCUCCGACAAGCUGAGGACAUCACAGGUUUAGCACCAGCCACGACUGAGGGGUGAGCUGCACUGCCGUUCUCUGACUGAGGGUGGGUUAAGCAGGUUUAACCCUUAAAAGUGCUGCAGAUGAUUUCAGAGUUCUCAUACCUUUUCGUUUUCCUUUGUUUUCUUUUUAAAUGAAGGUGCAAUAUCUAAUGUUAAGACUUAAAUUACAUAAUGAAAUGGACUUCCAGUGUUCCCAUUCUUUCAUUGACAUUUGCCAUUUUCCUUUUAGAGCAAAGGUUACCUACCAUUCAUGAACCUCUAUGCUCCAUAAAUCAACUGAAUUUCUAAUGCAGUGCCCUUCUAUGAAUCCAGUUAGAAACAAAAACAAAAAACUAUGCUACCAAGUGACUCCAAAGAAAGAUUUCACAGAAGCAGCAAAACCAUCUAAGAUUUAGGAGAGAGAUUUCCCUAGGAAAUCAAUUUUUACUUUUCUAUUAUUUUUAGAAUUUUAAAAGUCUGAUGUUUGUCCAGUCAUAAUUUUUAUUAAAGAAGGAAAUGGAGUGAGGUUGAUGUAAUUUGUUUAGGAGAUUCUUAAACCCAAAUAAAUCGACACUCCAAGUGACGUGAGAAAAUGGCUUGGUUCACUUCAACUCUGCUCGGUCAGCGCUGGGAACUUAGAAGUGGUUAUAUUUAUUUAUCUGUUUGUUUGAGUUUUGGUUUUUGUUUUUUAUUUUUGUUCUUUUGUAUUAUUGAUAUUAAUGAUGUCAUUUUAUUUGGAAGCUCAUAAAAGGAAUUACCACUAAUAAAGAGCUUUUGCCACCAUUUUCUGUUAGUGGGACAAUAUGUCAAGAGUGAAGACAGGAAUGAUUCAGAAACUAAAUGGAACAUUUAAUCCUUAGUACAGUUUUUUACUUUUCAAGAAUUAUGGGUUGGAGGAAGAAUAUACAGGUAUCAAGAUGGGUCUUUAGAAGGAAGGGUUGUGUUCAUUAUAUAUUUCUCGAGGUCUUUCAGGUAGAAAAAUAUUUUUACUUUGCUUUUGUUGUUUUUCUUUUAACUUGGUUUUCCUGUUAAUAAAAAUUUAUAUAACA